UGAAUGCUUUGUUUGGUAAAAAAAUUGCUCAGUAGUCGACCUUUUGCUUGGCACUCGACCAAACAAACAUGACCUGCCAGAAAUUCACUGUAAACUAUUUCAUGUUUCUUCGCUUUUUUGUUAUUUUUUAUAUUAUUUUUAUAUUAUUGGUGCUUUUUUAUAUUUGUAUAAAUAAGUCAUCAUGGGGCCUAUGAAGAUUAGUGAUAACAGCCAACAAAAAAUUGGUUUGGAAAAAUUCGUUCUGUACUCGAACAGCCUUCUGGAACAAAUUAAGUUCGAGUACCGAGGUUCUACUGUACAUAUUUAUGUUUUGUCAGUUUACCACCUCAUUUUAUUACUUUAUACUGAAGUAACUGUGAAAUUAUUCUCAAUAAUGUUACUUUAUUUCCCUAAAUACUGGUGUACUUUAUAUUACUUAAGACUUAAUAAAAUAAUUUUGGUACAUAUACAGUAAGAUGAGAAUAAGCCUACUUACCACAUACAGCAAAAUAAAUGAAUACUGUAUAUUCCUUGAAUAUUACAUCUUUGCACUAUAAGUACAGUAAUGUAUGCAAGUUUGGGUACUAGCAUACAAGUUAUUUGGUGUUAGACUUUCUGCAGCAUGAGUAUUGGAGAAUUAGCUGAAGCAAGAAGUGCACUGCUGGGGUUUGUCCAGGACUUACGUAUCCGUGUGUCUGUCUUCUUGAAGGAGAAGCAGCAGACUCCCAAUGGCACCUUUAUCCUACCCACCGGUGGCCCUGUUCCUUAUGGAAGUGAAAUGCCAGGAAUUAUAAGAGUAUUUGAGAGCAGAGGGGAGUUGGCACGUGAGGUGCGAUUCCCUUGUGGUGGUCAGUACACAGCAGCACUUCCCCAUGGCUCCCUAGCAUCAACAGGCCCCAGGGGUACAUCACUGGGCACUAACAUAUAUGCAACCCACACAGAUGAGCAGUCAUCCAUGAUCAACCAUAAUGUUAGUGGUAAUGACCCAGGUCUUGGCUACACUUGUCAACAACAUACUCCAAUAUCCCCAGCCUACAGUGAUGACAACAGCCCAGUGAGUGGAAGAGCCAAAGAUGAACUGAACCUUUUAGCUCAACUCAUUGGCUCAGUAUCCUCUUCCAAAAAGGAGUUCAAGCUGAACCUCUUCUAUGUUGAUGAUGACAGCAUUGAAGAAGAUGUAAGCCUGGCUAAUGAUGUCAUCACAAUAGAAGGCAAAAAGCGAGGAGGACGGCCAGAACUGGGCAAGAUCCUGGGGGAGAUGACUCUGCAAGAUGAAGAGCCUCUGUCUGACCAGGAUCAAGACCUUUUGGACUUGAUGGAUAGUGUUAAAUCUUAGCUUACUAGAGAAAAUACAGUCAUGAGGUGGUGGAUAGGUAGUGGACAAUAGAGUGUUAAUAUUUUUUUUUCUUUAGUUAAUGAAGAAAUUUUGAUUUCUUAUUUCAGGAUAUUUAUUCUAAUAUAAAAUUGCUGUGAUCAUUCUUUGUAGGAAUUAUCAGCUGUAUACAUUUUUUCACCAGAUAGAGCAUCUACCACCAAUUCACCAUGACCCAAAGAAUGAAGUACCUUCACCAUCAUUCAUUCAAUACCUGUCUUACCAGAAGUGCACUGACAUCACAGUUCAAAGGGCUAUCAGAAGUGCAACAUCCCCAUAUUAUUAUUUUGUGUUGCAUCAGUUUUUCACAAAACCUUUUCAUAACAGUGUCACAUUAGAACAGUGAGACUGGUAGUGCUAGCCAAGAAGAGCAACUGGGUUGGUUAUCUUAGAUACAUGUAUCUAACUGUAACACUAGAUACUUUCACAAGGAAAACUGUAAAGUUGAAGAAUUAAACAUGUGCAACAUCUAUAUAUCCUUAAUUUGUAGACGUUUCACCAUCCACUGGCUUUAUCAAUACAAUAAAAGGACAUAAUAUGAAGACUGUAGGAAUAUAUACAAAAGACAAGGAAAUCAGUCCCUCACCCUUGGAGUAGGUGAUGAGCACAGUAGAUUCAAGACUACAGUGCUCAUCACUUCUAGGCUGAGGGACUGAUUACCUCAUCUUUUGUAUAUACAGUGGACCCCCGGUUAACGAUUUUAAUCCGUGCAAGAGGGCUCAUCGUUAUGCGAAAUAAUCGUUAUGCGAAUUAAUUUUCCCCAUAAGAAAUAAUGGAAAUAAAAUUAAUCCGUGCAAGACGCCCAAAAGUAUGAAAAAAAUUUUUUUUUACCACAUGAAAUGUUAAUUUUAAUACACACAAACUGAAAAAGGCAUGCACAAUUACAUGACACUUACUUUUAUUGAAGAUCUGGUGAUGAUUGAUGGGAUGGGAGGAGGGGAGAGCAUUAUCUUCUUACUGUUUAGAAGGGGAAUCCCCUUCCAUUAGGACUUGAGGUAGCAAGUCCUUUUCUGGGGUUACUUCCCUUCUUCUUUUAAUGCCACUAGGACCAGCUUCAGAGUCACUGGACCUCUGUCGCACAACAAAUCUGUCCAUAGAGC